CUAUUUUUCAGCACAGUUCGUUAACAGUCCUAGUCGCGAAUCUAGGAGGUUAAGCCAACUAGAAAAUAAGAAAAAAAUAUUCAAAUUCAAACAAACAUUGUGAAGUAUGCGAAUUAGUUGUAUAUUAGUUUAAUUUUCAAGGAACUGGUUUAAUUUGAGGGCUAAGUUUUUUGGUCAUAAAGUGUUACUUCAACUGAUCACAGCGUAACAAAAGUGUGAUCUCGAAAUUAUAAAAUAUGAAGCAAUAUUUAAUUUUAUUUGUGUUACUCAUCUCUACAUGUAGCGGGACUCUCAAUGGGGUCGUCUCAACGCAAUUUCAACAUAUCGAUCCUCAUGGUCAUACAUAUUCAUAUGGUUAUGCUGAUCCCAACUCCCAGAAACAUGAGACGCGUUCUUAUGAUGGUGUUACACGUGGGUCCUACUCUUACGUAGAUGGUAAUGGACAUGUGCAGUCAUUGUCGUAUGUUGCUGAUCCCCACCAUGGCUUCAACGCUGUUGGUACAAAUUUACCAAAAUCUUCGCCAUCUCCAGCUACUCAUUUCGCUGCAAUUCACAGUGCUGCUGCCCAGUCAUACGUGCCAUACGCCCAUCAUUAUCCCGAACAUAUUCCGAUAUUAACUCAUGGUGGCGUGCCCGUGGAUACGCCGGAAGUACAACACGCACGUGCUGAACAUUAUGCUGCCUAUGCUGCUGCCGCUGCAGCUGCUGCAGCUCAUCCAGAAACAUAUAAUAGUCACUCUCAUCAUUUGUACAAACGGUCAUUAUACAGCCAUCCCUGGAACUAUGCCCAUCACAAUGCCAUUACCCAUGUGCCACUGACACAUGGAGGCGUUCCUGUUGACACACCAGAUGUACAGGCAGCCAAGGCCGAACACUUUGCAGCGCAUGCUAAAGCCUUAGGUCAUGUGACACAAACAAAUGGCGUACCCACGGACACACCUGAAGUAGCUCAUGCAAAAUCUGCUCAUUAUGCUGCACAUGCUGCUGCCCGUUCUGGUCCCCUACAUGGCUAUCACAUUCCAGUGAUCCACAACGGAGUACCAAUUGAGACACCGGAAGUUCAACAUGCCAAAGCAGCUCAUUAUGCAGCAGUUAUUAAAGCUUCAUCUAGAGUUGCUCACGACGUAUCAAACGAUAACGGAGGUCAUUAUGACGGGCAUUGGAAUGAUCCUCAUAAUAAUGGUUAUACAGAAUACAAACAUAGAGGUCCAAUCCAUAUUCCAAUCAUCCACAAUGGUGUGCCCGUUGAACCACCAGAGGUCCAGCAUGCUCGCGCCGCCCAUUUGAAUGCGUUGGCUUCUGCUAAUCAUGGGUCGGGGGACGGUGGUUAUUAUGAGCAUGAUGACCAUUAUCAUGCCCAGCAUUAUUAAAGCUUGACCUUUUACUUUAGACUAAUUGCGGAUAUCGGAAAGAAAUAUACUUACAUAUGUACAUACAUAUGUGUGUAUAUUCAUCUGAAAAAAUAAAAGAAACGGCGGGCAUGAUACAAAUAAAUCGACCAUCAUUCGACAUAAUAUUAUUUAACGAAGAAAUAAUAACAUGAAAUGAUAUGAUUUUGUCUCAGAAUUUCUUAGUUGCUUAUUUGCUUAUUUUUUUACAUUAACUAUUUUCUACAUAAAAACAAACAAUUACUUCAUGGAUAAUGUAGACGAGUUAUUUGCUAUAAUACGAAAUUUGAAAUAAUCUUUUAUUUUCAAAAAUGCUUAUAUACAUAUACGCAUAUAAAAAUAGUGGUUUACUUAUAUAGUGAUACAAUUGUCGGUAUAUAUAUAUGUAUAUACAUAUUUACUAAAUAGUGUAUACAUAGAUAUAGGAAAUUUAUAAAAAGUGCACUACUCAAAAUGUUAAACUAAUUCAAGAAAAUAAAGAAAUCCAUUAUUUCCAGAUGA